AGUUUUUAUCACGGCUAUAGAUAGUAUCUCUAAUCGUGGUUUUUAUUCAUAUUUCAAUCACGAAAUACACCAAAUACGCGUUUAUUUUGUUAGCAAAAUUCUUUAAUUACCAGGGCUAGGAUAUUUUGUAUGCAACAGCAUGUUUUUUUUUUGGUAUAGAUAUUGUUCUAUGUUAUGGAUACAAACCAUAAAGUAAUUAUUAUUACCAUAGAUUAAGCCACGAUGUAAUCUAUCACUGUAUUCACCACGAUAAUAAAGAAAUAAUAAAGUUCUUGGUAUUCACUGUAAUAUUCACCCAAGGUUUAUAGAUAAUCUAUAAACCUUGAUAUUCACCACGAUUAAAGAUAUUAUAUCUUUAAUCGUGAUAUUCACCGACCAAAUUGAUAGGUUAAAAAUAAUAAAGUAUUAUCAUCAUUACUCUUAUUUUAUACCACGGCUUUAGAUACUAUGAAUCAUGAUAAUAACUUGUUCAAAAAUGCCGGUUUUGGCUAAUGCCUAAAUAAUAGUCUAUGGACUAUGAAUGUUUUGUACUUUAAUUUUUUGUAUUUAAUCUUACGUUUUUGAAUUACUUCUACUAUGUUAUUUUGAUUUUUCAUUCGUUUUUCUUAUUAAAUAGUAAAUACGCUUUUUAAUGGUUGAUAUAAGUAAAGAAGAAAAUGAGAAAACUAAAUUACCAAUGGUCGCAAAAACAUCAAGUGAUACUAUAGCUUCAGCCGCGUUUUUAACAUGUAUUGCGGCUGGUGCGGGUAUAUUCGCGUUUGCGUCAACUCUGGCAUCAGCUAGAAAAACAGAUCCCACCAUGUUUUCCAAAGGACAAGCUCCUCCGUUACCCACUACUGAAUCAGGUGUACAGUUGGCCAUUAGAGCACUGAAAUGGGGAACAUUCUACGCUGUUGGCGGCUGUGGGCUGUUUUUUUAUGGUGUUUGGAAAAUGAGUGGUGCUAAUGAUAUGCACGAAUUUAGAUUAAAAAUAGGUUCUAUUCUUCCAAGGCUUACUCCAACUGUUCACAAUUCACGUACAGAAUUUGAAGGAUUGACAGAUUUAAUGACGUAUUUGGCUACAGACUAUUCAGGACAAACUUCAAAAACUGAAAUCACUGAUGACUUAAAUAAUGAGUCUAAAAAUGAAAUACCCAAAAAUUGAUAGAAACAUUGUAAUGUAUAUUACAUUUAUUAAAUAGUUGUUUAAAUAAAAAAACAAA